AUGCGGUUCACAGAUUUCCUUCUCGCAAGUGCUGGCGCUUCCCUUGCUCUGGCUGCUCCUCAUACUACGAGGGCCAAGGGCAAGUUCCUCUUCACUGGUUCCAAUGAGUCUGGUGGUGAGUUUGGUGAGGGUAACCUCCCUGGAACGCUCAACAAGGACUACAUCUGGCCUACCACGAGCUCCAUCGAUACCCUCGCUAUCACUGGUAUGAACACCUUCCGUGUCGGUUUCCGCAUGGAGCGAGUUACUCCCAGUGGUAUCACUGGUGCCAUUGAUGAGGCCUACUUCAAGGGUCUCCAGGACACUGUCAACCACAUCACGAGCAAAGGCCACUAUGCCGUUAUUGACCCUCACAACUACGGCCGCUUCAACGGUAACAUCAUCAAGAGCUCUGACUUUAGCGUCUGGUGGCAAAAGGUAGCCAAGCGUUUCGCCAGCAACAAGCUCGUUAUCUUUGAUACCAACAACGAGUACCACGACAUGGACAACUCUGUCGUCGCUGCUCUCAACCAAGCCGCCGUCGACGCCAUCCGCAAGGCCGGCGCAACCUCCCAGUACAUCUUUGUGGAGGGUAACGCCUACACCGGAGCCUGGAGCUGGGUUUCCAGCGGCAACGGCGCUGCUAUGAAGGAUCUCAAGGAUCCUCAGAACAAGAUCAUCUACGAGAUGCACCAGUACCUCGACUCUGACUCCUCUGGUACCUCUGAGACUUGCGUUAGCUCUACUAUUGGUGCUGAGCGCCUCAAGGCUGCUACCCAGUGGCUCAAGGCCAACAAGAAGAAGGGUAUUCUUGGUGAGACUGCUGGCGGAGCUAACGCCCAGUGCAUUGCUGCGCUCAAGGGCGAGUUGCAGCACUUGCUUGACAACUCUGAUGUCUGGACUGGUUGGUUGUACUGGGCUGCUGGCCCUUGGUGGGGUGACUACAUGUUCAGCAUGGAGCCUACUACUGGCACUGCCUACAAGAAGGUUCUUCCUCAGAUCAAGCAGUUCAUUGGUGCUUAA